UCCACUGUGAUAAUGUGUGCCCACAAGGCUUCUGGGGACCCAACUGUUCAGUCAGCUGUUCCUGUCAGAACGGAGGAUCCUGCUCUCCAGAGGACGGGACAUGUGUGUGUGCACCUGGAUACAGGGGGACGUCCUGCAAAAGAAUCUGCUCUCCGGGGUUUUACGGGCACCGCUGCAGCCAGUCGUGUCCGCAGUGUGUGCACAGCACCGGGCCCUGCCACCAUGUCACCGGACACUGUGAGUGCCUAUCUGGCUACUCCAGUUCACUCUGCAACCAAGUUUGUCCAAGUGGCAGGUAUGGGAGAGCCUGUGCUGAGAUCUGCCUUUGUACCAACAACGGCACCUGCAACCCCAUCGAUGGCUCUUGCCAAUGCUUCCCUGGCUGGAUAGGAGAGGAUUGCUCUCAGGCCUGUCCCUCUGGGCACUGGGGCCCUGAUUGUCUCAACUCGUGUAACUGUCACAACGGAGCCCAGUGCAGUGCCUACGAUGGGGAGUGCAGGUGCAGCCCCGGCUGGACCGGACUCUACUGCACACAGCGUUGUCCUUCAGGGUUCUACGGCAGAGACUGCUCUGAAGUCUGUCGCUGCCAGAACGGUGCAGAUUGCGACCACAUGACUGGCCAGUGUGCCUGCCGCACAGGCUUUAUUGGGACGAGCUGUGAGCAGAAGUGUCCUGCUGGUACAUUUGGAUACGGCUGCCAGCAGCUUUGUGAGUGCCUCAACAAUGCUACCUGUGACUACGUGACGGGGACGUGCUACUGCAGCCCUGGAUAUAAAGGCAUCCGCUGUGAUCAAGCAGCUCUGAUGAUGGAGGAGCUGAACCCGUACACUAAGAUUAGCCCAGCACGAGGUUCAGAGCGCCAAUCUGCCGGAGCUGUUAUGGGCAUCAUCUUUCUGCUCCUCAUCAUCAUGUCCAUGCUCAGCCUGUUUGUGUGGUACAGGCAGAGGCAGAGGGAGAAAGGCCAUGAGAUCCAGCCCAGUGUGUCCUACACACAGGCGAUGCACAUCACCAACACAGACUAUUCCCUGUCUGAGUGUGGCAGUACGGUAGCAAUGAGGACCAGCGCUGCGGAGGUCAACCCGGCGCAGGGCAGCGUUGGCAGUGUUGGCAGCAGCGGGCAGUGCUUCUCCAACCCCAGCUACCACACUGUAGCCCAGUGCAACGUGGUCUCAACCAUCUCAAGCAACCUGGACGGCACUCUGACCCUCAAACCAGGCACUUUGAAAAGUCGGAACGGCGCAGAAUGGAGAGCCUACUGCAACCUCAAUGACCUCGAUGUUCAACAGGGGGAGACACAGACACAGAGAAGCUCCAAAAAAGAUUACAUCAAGAGCUCCAUGUGCAGCAACAGCUCCUGCUCCCUGAAUAGUGAGAAUCCAUACGCCACCAUUAGAGACCCACCAGGCCUGGCUUGCAAGCACACAGAGAGCAGCUAUGUGGAGAUGAAGUCCCCCUCCCACCGGGAAGUGCCCUUUGGAGGCACUGCCACCCUCCUAGGCAGUGCGGGCAGGAAUGUCUAUGAUGUUGAGCCAACAGUGAGCGUCCUGCAGGGACCCAACGGCAUGGCCACCGGCUUCUCCCAGAGCCCCUAUGACCUCCCCCGCAGCAGCCACAUCCCCAGCCACUAUGACAUACUUCCCAUGCGUCAUACCCCCACACACACACCCCUGCCACCCCCAGAAAGCCCCAGCUCCCUGCUCUAGAGGGCAAGACCCCCCGCCCCGGCUCACAGGGAGCGGCAAUCGUCAACCAACUUUCAACCAACGGCCCUCCCUCUUUCUCAGAGUGUGUUCAAUUAGAUACUGAGAUGUUGAUAAGUUGAGAUGGAGGGACAGCCACAGCUCUUCUGGACCCUACUCUCUUUGGCUCCUUCACUCACAUUUGUUGGAGGAAGUGGAGGAAAGAAUGUCCCACACACCAGCGACCAUUCAACCAUUUUAUUUUCCUAUAGAACUGAUCACUCAAACUGCAGCCCGGCCUCUUUAUGGACCUCCUGAAGUGGAACAUGAUGGUUCCAAGCUGCGCAAAGGGCAGCGUACAUGGACUGGGCGGACAGAUUAUUUACAGGGAGACAGACAUCCUCACGCUCAUUUCUACCCCGUGAUAUAGGGUUACUAUUCAAGGGCAACCAAGUGUUUAUAAUGCGCCCUAAACAGAAGUGAUUUUCUCCACAGGAAAGGAAGGUAUAUACUAAACUUGACUAUUUCGAAACGGGUGAGAUUUACUACAUACACAUCAGAGUUUAUGAAGUGCGACUGUGUGCAGAAGCUGCAGAUCGCAUGCAGCUGACAUGGAGGGAUUAUGGUCUGCUCUGAGGGGAGAAUGGUUGAGUCAAAAAGAAGAGGACUCUGUGAUAAAUGUUAAAUACAGAAAUCCAGCAGAAAAUUCAAUAAAUAAAUAAAAAUAAAAACAGAUACAGUAACUAUGAGUUUCCCCCCUCACUGAUGAAGUGAUCAGAUAUUGUGUUGUUUUUUAUGUGAAAGCAUUUUCUUCUUGCAAAUGUCUUAGUUUACAUUUUUUAAACAUUGGGUGUUAAGAAGGGAUUGCUUUUAACUUUUAUGUUUUGUAUUUAUAAAGCUAAUGGGCUUAUUUAUUUAUUUAUAUUAGUGAUGGUGACUUUUUAUUAAUGUGACACUAGAGUUAAAAAAAAAGAUGAGCAUGAUCAGAUAAUGGAUACCCACUGAUGUAGAUAACACACAAUUUAUCUUCUUGUGAGAUGAUUAUUGUCAUUUCGUGUGUGUUUUUGAAGUUAUUAAAAAUGUUCUUUCUCUCUCUGUCAGAUUGUAAAUUAAAUAUAAAGUUUCAGCUGACCAAUUCAAGACCCACGAUAUCCUGUGCAGUAUUUACAAAGGGAACCACUCUAUAUGUAAAAAGUCAAUUUCUGAAAUCAUUUAUGUUUGUAUCAGGCAAAUUAACGUAUAUAUUAUUGAACUGAAUUUAUUCAUUCACUAUGUGAAUUCCAUUUCACCCCCUGUAGAAGCAAUAACAUGUUGACAAUCGAUGCCCAGGCGUUUCAUUAGUGCUGGACGUUAUGACAUCUUUGACCAGUGUGGUGACAGUGGAUCAUAUUUUACGUGACUGUUUUUCCUUUGAGGAACUUUUUUCCAAUUGCUGUCAUAUCAAUGCUGCUUGUUGUUUUGGUACUUAAGUUUCAAAUUAAAAGCCUAUUCUGCCAUCAGACACCUGGUUUGGUCAGGUUCUCGUGUCACUGUUAGACAGGAUGUCUCUUUUCAUCUGUUGCUGUGAAUAUUAAAAUGCCAGGGGUAUGAAUGGUGACAGGACUGAUGAAUGAAGAAUUGAACUCUAACAAGUUAGACUUUUUUUUUUAAGUCCGCUACUGGGUACCAAACUGUUGUCAAAAGUCUACAGUUAAGGAAAAUCAUGGAUACCCAUUUUUCUUGUUAAACAUCUCAAGGAUGAACGAAGAGACAUUUUGUCGAUGUGCUCUCAUGUUUAAUAAGCUUUUUCAGAGGAGUGACAACUAUUUAAUUCAUAAAUCAAAGGCCUCACCAUGAUGUACAACUUGUGAAUUUAACAACAUUUUAUUGUUUGAAAUAUCUGACAUAGAGAUUUUUUUAUGAUGGCAUUUUGUUUCUCUCCAACAGUUUUUGUAUAUACAAUAAGAUAAUAAAUAAAAACACGAUGUAUAGUUUUAUAACUACCCAUCCUUGCAUAAAGAAGUUACAAUUAUCUCCACCUUGACUCGCUACCUCCUAAAAGAGAAAGCUGCUUACAUGUUAUUCUAUUAAUCAAAAUAUAUAAUACAUAUAAAGGAGGAUCUUUUUCCAACACAAUGAGAAGCUUUACUUUCUAUACUUUGAUCAUUUCUGGCUGGUAAAUGUAUUCAAGUAUUUGAGUUUUCAAUGCAGGACUUGAACUUGUAAAGCAUUAUUUUUACACUGUGGUUUUGCUUUAUUAAGUUAACCAAUCCAAAUACUUCUUACAUCAGUCACUAAUGUUGCAUUUCUAAU